GUUCAGCGGGCUAAUUGAGUGGACGGACCUAGUUGUCUGUUUCGUCUGAUGUUUGUUUUUAGUGGCUAUGCCCACUCGUCGUAAAAAUGUGGACUUGAACAGACUAAAGCGUACUUGCAGAAGGAGUAAACUUUGCGAAUUAUUAUCUUUGUCGUAAGUGUCUAGUUAUUUGUAACCAAUUAAGUCACGUUCAAUACCUCCUAGUAUUCUUAGUAUGGGGAGUACUGCUAGUAGUAAAUCAAUCGACAGACAUGAGGUUUGAGUACUUUUGGCCUGUUUGGCUGUCUAUGUGCUCAAUACAUGACUCGAUGAAGUUUCAAGGACUGGUAAAUAUAACUUCUGCCCAUAUUUUACAUACAGCAAUACACACUUGUAUUUAUAAUUAUUUUGCUAACUGUAGAUCUGGUGUGUUUCUUUAUGGUUCCUAUUUCAUGGGUUUACACAUUUGGUAGUGCGUAUGUAUGGAUAUACAUUUUGUGGCAGACUGAUCAAGGAUUGUGUUUCUUCACUCUGUCUUUGUGUCUUGUUUUCAUAUGUUUCGAAUAUAGUCUCUACACAAAGGCGUCAAAAUCCACACACAGCAUUUAUCUUUUCCGUCCAUUUGCAGCACACAGUAUUGGCUAUUCGGUAGUUUGUGUGGGGUUUUCUCUUAAACGGUACAUAGACAUCAGCUAUCGAGAUUUCAAAAGAAUGGAUGUCAGGAAGCAAAAUCAAUUGCAUUUUAGAAUUCUACAUGAUGCUCUCCCACCUUCAUCGGUAAAUGACAACGCUUGUGUUCAGCAUAGUCUUAGCUUUUCUCAAAAGGAUUCCUUGGAACUUCAUGAAGUUGCAAUGUCUGGUGAUUUCUCAUCAGGUUUUUCUAGUCGAUCAGUAUUCAUACUUUUCCGCUUUGGCCAGUCGUGUCUUGGUCGUUUAGCUCGAUGGACUUUCAAAUAUCUUAGAUCCGUUGACAAACAAUACUUAGAUUUCGAUUGUCGAACUGCACGUUUUAACCAUUCCUCGACUACAAUAGUAAACGGAGCAUGUAUUACUGAUGCUGGUCGACGUCGAGCUAUACAGAGCCGUUGGUCGAGCCCGUCCGGAUCACAAACUAGUCGUCGGUAUACUUCAGAUAAUUCGGUAAACCUUUACUCGAAUUCUAAACCUUCAGUUAAUGGUUGUGUUCCUAAGCAAUCUACUAAUGGGAAACCAGUGCGAGAACGAUGUGCCAAGGAAGAUCCAGUAACAAGAUUAGAGAGUAACAUCAGACGUUUACGUUCCGAAUUACAAUCAAUGCGUGGACUGGAAACACAAUUACGUAACCAGUUAAACAGUCUUCAACAUGACGAUCACCUCAAUCGACUCAGUCUGUCCAACCAACGUCAAGAGAAUGAAGGUAUUUCAUCGCGUAUUUCGAAACUAAUCAACAAAUGCCGUAGUGAACGGGUUAAUUUAAACACGAUUGAGCAAAAUUUGAAUGAAGAAAUUCGUUUACGUCAGUUGCUUGAAGCUCAACUCACUGAAAUUGAUGUAAUUCCUGUGUGCAGCUUUGUAGGAGCAAAUGAUACUAGUAGCGUACCUCCCAAUUCGACUGAAAAAAGUAUUCCAACAUCCACGUCCUUCAUUCAGACGUCUUCUAAUAAUCACAUAGCCAAUGCUAAUGUUGUAAUACUUCAAUCAAGCGAAAGUGAAAAAAUAAUGGAUAAUUAUUGUUGUAGAUUACGUCAACUAUUAGAGUCGAAGAUUUGUGCACUUAGAUUGACCGUGAAAUGUCGUGAGAAUUCGACUUUGGCUUCCAAAAUGCACCAUUCUAGUCAAGUAGCCUCCAAGUGUUCAAUCACUGCAAACUCAAAAAUGGUAGACACUUCAAACUACGACAACAGCGUUCGUCAGUAUGAUCCACGACCGUUGCCAUGUCGACUUCAGUCCGGACAUUUAUUAACCAAAGAUGUUUAUUGUUGCAUUUUAAACUCAGAUUUAGAAAAUUUGCAUAAUGUAACUGUGAGUAGUCAACAUACAUCAACAAACAACCAUAGGCAUGCAUUUUUAGAGAAUUGUUUCAAUUUAGCUAAUGAGAAACGAGAACGUUUAGCAAAUAAAUUACGUACGGAGAAUUGGCAAAAACAAGAAUUACUCACACUGUAUCAUACAUCGGUACGCGAAAUAACUGAACUCAACAAAACUCUCAAGCAACGUGAUUUACAAAUUUUAGAACUUACAAUGAAAAUAGAACAACUUGAGUGUUUACCGAAAAGUACUGUUCCAUGUGAUCUUGUCAGUCAUGCUGGAUACACUGCAACAACAGUAGAGACGACAGAGCCACCAAAUGAUAUAAUCGUCAAUACUAAAAAAAAUCGUUUGAGUGACAGGCAGCUCACAUCUAACAAGCAACGACAUAUUUCAUCCCUGCUGUCAACGAACACUAUAGGUCAAUUUACUAAUACUUCGACAAAUGUACAUGGUAACAUACUUAUCCACUCCGCUUCGGAAAAGUACGAUAGUAGUUGUAACAAUACUGCUUCGUUACAGACUUCUAGAUUUUGUGCAUCACCCACCGUAUCCAUUACUCCAUCCACAGACUUUACAAAUAGUAGUUACCCUGCACUUGGUGCUCAAACAACUUAUCAUUGUAAAGACGAGCAGAAUCUAAUCUUUACAAACCUUGUUACUACCAAUUUCCAUACUAACCUACCUUCAUCUUGCUUGUUCACUUCUCUUAUGUGUUCCUCCAACUCAUCAUCAUCAUCGUCAUCUUCAAAUAUGAGUUGCGCUAUGCUUGCGGACGUACAGGCACCUAAUAAUUGUAAAGAAUCACCUGUUAAUACAUCAACCAGUAUUAGCUGUCCAAUUGCACAUCAACAGCAUCCCCAGAAAUGGCAGUAGUACUAUCUGCUGACAUUAAUUAUUGCAAUCAUUGCUGUUAUUAUUAUACAUAAAUAUGUGAGUGUUUUAUUACUUUUAAAUAAAGAUACAUGUACCAAUGAGACAUACAUUGUUUUUUCUCUCCAAAAUAGUUUUGUACUGAAAGAAAGAUUUUUCGUUACUUCUUACUUUCAUUUGUUAUUCUUCCGACACCUGUAAAACAGUUUAUAAACCUCCGUCCACUUGACAGAUAUCUCACGUUUUCCGCAUGACAUGCGUAUGUUAGGCUGUCUAAUAGAGAUAGUCGCCAACCCAAACUCAGCCAGCGCCCCCAUAUCAAUGUGCAAUCAGAUUUUAUCACUAAGUCUGACGAGAGUCUAACCUGUAUGUCAUAAUCGUAGCUUAACUGUUGACAAGCGAUAAAAAGACUUCUUUUUUAUCAAUAUUCACUGACGAUUAUAUACCCAACUAAGUUUUCCCUUAGGCGCCUUCAAUACCGUUCUGUUUGCAGAAAACCUCGCACGAACGUAUGAGUCUAAGAAAAAACUGUCAGAUUAGACAGUGUUUCAAUACAUUUAUUUGUUUAUUGACUUAGUUCGCACAGUUCAAUAAUCCCAGGUUGAAUAAACUAGGAAUUUGUUGGCUCAUAAAGAGUCAGUGAAAGUUUAUUUUGGAAUAAUAAUCCAUUCAAUCUAUAAAUAUGUCACUACUAACAAAACAUAUUAGACUAUGCUCUAUGCUUGUUCCUCACUCGUGGAGUUUUUUAUCACUUAUAUCUUAACUAACUGAAACCUACCCUUAUACCUAAAUAAAUGUUGCGUUAUAUUGUUUUAUCAUAACCAGUACACUUCAG